UGCUAGGUAUCAACGUAGGCCAAUAGGUGCUGUUUUCCUAGAAACGUUAGCGACCGCUGUGGAGGAGGUGGAACGGGCCGGCCCGUCGUAAGUGCUGCUGUAGUGGUCGGUUGGUUUGCUGGUACGGACCAGGGACACGCGAUCAAAGAACUGGAUGGCAUGAUGAUGGAGAAAGCGCUGCGGGUUCGGGGAUAUAGGCGCAGGCGGGUCGGUGACCGAAGACAGCACCAGGAGGUAGCACGAGAGCGAGCUCAUUUCCACAUGUCCACAGGAAACACGCGGAGAACACGCCGAUGGUCUGUGGCAGCAGUGGGACUGCUACUCGGCUGUGCCAUUAACAGGGUGUCGGCUUUGCUGCAGCUGGACCAAGUGCCGAAGAGGACCACCAACGAGAGGAGCGCCACGUUCACGUACGUCUGCACGCCGCUGGACACCACCGAGGAUGACGGGUGCGACGUCAAGGUGAGCAGGGCGCAGCGUUGCGUGUGUUGGUGCUGGCUUUAG